GCAAGUGCAUACCUUUACAUUUGAAGGGCUAGGUCUAGUCCGCUCGCGGGAGCAAACGGAGCAUCACCAUGCUCAAGCGCGUGGGCCAGUCUCUGGUGCCCUUUGCACGGGCGGGGCUCACGCAGACCGCCGAGAGCUUUCGCGGCGUGUCCUCGCAGUUCUUCGAUGCCCCGAACGGCCCCUCGGUGAAGCAAGUCCUCAUUGAGGACGAGUGGUACAACCGGCAACGCAGCAUCUUUCCGCUGCUGGAUAAGGAGCCUUACUACCCCGUGGAUGUGUUUGUGGCGCCAAAUGCGGUCGUCUGCGGUGAUGUGGACAUCUAUGGAGGGGCGUCCGUGUUCUUUGGAGCGGUGCUGCGCGGCGACCUGAACAAAAUUCGCUUGGGCAACCGGUCUGCUAUCCUGGACCGCGCUGUCGUUCACGCUGCCCGGGCUGUGCCGACGGGGCUGAACGCGGCGACUCUGAUUGGCGAGAAGGUGACCGUGGAGCCCUACGCCGUGCUGCGCUCGUGCCGCGUUGAGCCUAAAGUCAUCAUCGGCGCGCGCUCGGUAGUGUGCGAGGGUGCCGUCGUGGAGUCGGAGUCCAUUCUGGCCCCCAACUCGGUGGUGCCUCCGGCCCGCCGCAUCCCCUCUGGCGAGCUGUGGGGCGGGAGCCCCGCGAAGUUCAUCCGCAAGCUCACAGACCAUGAGCGCGACCGGGUGCUGGACGACGUGUCCACGCACUACCACAACCUGGCCACCAUGUUCCGCCGCGAGGCGCUGGAGCCCGGCACCGCCUGGCGCGACGUGGAGGCGUGGCGGCAAAAGCUGGUGGACCAGGGCGAGUACGAGUGGAUCAACUUCCGCGAGCAGAAGUACCUCAUGCGCCUGCAGCACGAGGCCGAGGCGCUGGAGAAGCUGACGCACUAGGAGGAGCGCGUGGUAGCGGCGCUGGGCGCAGCGGCGCGGGGUGGCGCAAGGCGGGGCGCUGGAGGAGGCAGGAGCUGGGGGGCGCUUGCGCUAUGGAGCGGCCUGGCGCCAGGGCAAGCGCAAAGCCGUCAGCCGGCGCAGCGGCGUAACAGUUGCGGUUGCGGGCGCCAUCAGCCGCAGCAGUGGAGGCCGGGAGUAACCGGCGGCUGGGGUCUGAUGUAGCCGCAAGGCGGGUGUUCUGGUACCAGGGAGUUUGAGCUGCGCGGCUGCGCUGAGGUCGCUGGACUAUGCCGGUGGCUCUCAUGGCGGCUCAGAUGGUGGAUGCGGCGAGCAUUGCGAGGUAGCACAGCCCUGGCAGAUGCUGUAGGGGUGCUGCGGAAGGCAUGACCCGGCGCCCGCAGGCUGCUGCCCGUCGCAGUAGUAUGGGCUUAAGAAUUGUAGAUGGUAGACUUCGUAGCGGGCUUGGCCUUAUAGUGUGUUGGGGUGAUACUAGGGCGUUCGCCGACGGCUGCAAAUGGCAGUACUGCGUGCGCGGCUUAACCAGAUGAAUCAGGGAUUGGGUGAAGGAAGAAGGCGUGCAUAGUACAUGCACGUAUAUGAUACAUAGGACAGACUGAGCUUGAGUUCCGCUGAGGGACAACUGUAAUCACCAUUCGAU